AUGGCUGGCCCCGACACAGGUGUAGAUCCAUUGCGGGCUCGCGGCCCCGACGGUGGCCCUACUCUGGCACCUGAAGCUCCCGACACAGGCAGGCGCUUCAGUGUCCCUCGUACCAGUCACCGUCUGGAGAGCAGCUGCGCAUGCGCCACCUCGCAGUGCCGACGCUACGUGGCUGCAGGCGCGGUCACCCACGUCGCUCGGCUCCUUCCAAUCCAAUCCGUGCUCUCACGUCCAGCUCUACCCGCUCCCGACUCGCCCCAUACGACCACCCCAGAUCUCAGGAGGAGGAGGAGGCAGCAGCCGGCGGAGCACGACGGCCAGGAUCGACAGGGCGACGACGGAGGCGCCGCGGUCCGCUACGGCGACGUGUUCGCCGUGGAGGGAGAGCUGGCCAUGACGCCCGUCGCGCCGCAGGACGCGGCCAUGAUGCAGGCCGCGGAGAGCGCCGUGCUGGGCCAGGCGCCUAAGGGUGGGACCGCUGCCGCCAUGCAGUCCGCGGCCAGGCGCAACGAGCGCCUCGGCGUCGUGCCCCGCGACGCCGCCGCCGAGGGCGGGGUCGCCGUCACCGAGUCGCGCGUGCCGGGCUGCCGCGUCGUCACGGAGUUCGUGGCCGACCAGCCUGUCGGGCAGUACAUUGCAGCGGCGGAGGAGGAGGAGGACACCCCCGGCGGCGAGACAGCAACAGCAGCAAGACAAGUCGGCGGCGGCGGCGGGCACGGAGUGGUGGACGGGACCAAGAUAACGAUCGGCGAGGCGCUGGAGGCGACCGCGUUCUCCGCAGGCGACCAGCCUGUGGAAGCGAGCGACGCGGCGGCAAUAUUGACGAUCUUAUCGACCGACGAUGAUACACUACAAGCUUGUUGCCUGUAGCUGUUUGCAGUGCGAUCGAGUUUUGUUUGCAAUUGCAGCUGGGUUCUAGAACAUGUACUUAUUUACCAUGCAUGUAUAUAUGCAUCCGUCGCAAGAAUAACAAGUGCAGUAGUAGCACUUGUCAA